AUGUCAUUGGGCGCAGCUCGAACGCGACUACGCGUGACCACAACACCAAGCCUACGGACGCGGGCCAAGAAUUCAUAUUCAACCAAGGGCUCUGACCCAGGCUUAGGCUUAUUCUCGAACUUGACGAGAUAUAUAAUGGUUGCCGGUGCGGUGGGUACACCAGGACUUUGGUGGUUGGUAAAUACGCGCGACGAUGCGACUCGCGACGAUGCGCCACAUUUUGAAAAUCCUCCGGCUGAGCACUGGAGCGUUGAGCCAGGUCCUUCUAAAGACCAAGUGACGCGUAUCAUAUCACAAGAGGCAUAUUCAUAUGCGGUCAGAAACGUUGCCGGCGUCAGCAGAUAUGAUGGUGCUCAGUUAGCUUCCAAUAGCCCGUGCGAGGACCAGUUCAUCCAUGGUAAACUUCCCUCACCAUGGAGAGGAGGCAGCCAAUGGAUGGCCUGGGGUGUCUUUGAUGGUCAUUCAGGCAUGCAAACAUCAGAAUUGCUAAAGAAGCAACUCCUGCCUUUCGUCCGAUACAGCUUGAGUCAAUUAAAGCCAACCUCAACCGAAAAUCUCGUACCAGAGGAGCUGGUGCAGCGCGCUAUUAUAAAGGGGUUUAUGAACCUCGAUGAUUCCAUUGUCAAAACAGCUCUGGGUACAUCUCAGAGCGAAGAAUCGUUGCAACAGAAAGUGAAAAAACUAACCCCCGCUUAUUCCGGCUCAUGCGCUUUGCUCUCCAUGUACGAUUCUAGCACAGGCAGAUUGCAUGUGGCGUGUACGGGCGAUUCGAGGGCGGUUUUGGGACAGCAAAGGCCAGACGGCAGGUGGGAAGCAAUGCCAUUGACAGUAGACCAGACUGGCAAAAACAAAGAAGAGAUUGCCAGGCUUCGCAAAGAACACCCCGGUGAAGAAGACAUGGUCAAAAAUGGACGGGUUCUAGGGAUUGCGGUUUCACGAGCCUUUGGUGGUGCCCAGUGGAAGUGGCCUAUUGAAUUCCAGAAGGAUGUGCAACGGAAAUUUUAUGGUCCUCCGCCACUGGUGCCAACAUACGAUAUUCGAACGCCACCCUAUCUGACGGCUGAACCAGUCGUGACAAGCAUCAAGAUCGACCCUGGGAAACCUUCUUUCCUGAUCAUGGCAACAGACGGCUUGUGGGAUAUGCUCUCCAGUCAGCAGGCAGUCGAUCUAACAGGGAAAUGGUUGGAGUCGGAAGCAACUGAGGAGAGGAACAGCAAAGUGCAGCCAACAUAUGAGCCCUUCGACUUCGGCCAAUUCUGGAGAGGAGUCAGCUGGAAGUUCGUGGAGGGGAGAACAACAGUCCAAGAUGACAAUGUCGCUGUCCAUCUGGUGCGUAAUUCACUAGGUGGAAACCAUCACGAGUUGAUAUCAGGCCGACUUGCCUUCAGCUAUCCAUCCUCCCGGCGUCUACGAGAUGAUACGACUGUGCAGGUGGUUUUCUUUAAUGUCCCAGAUUUGGAGAAAUAA